AUGGAUAUCGAUGACCUUUAUGCAAAUAUCAUAAUUACUCUCUCUCUUACUCUCCUCUCUCUCUUCUCUUCUCUUUCUUUCCUCUGUCCUUCCUCUCUCCUCCCUCUUUCCUCUCUCUCUCCUCUCUCCAUUCUCUCUCUUUCCUCUCUCUCCACCCUCUUUCCACCCUCUUUCCACACUCUCCCCUCCCUCUCCUCUCUCUCCUCCCCCUCUUCUCUUUCUUUCCUCUAUCUUUCCUCCCUUGCCUCCCUCUCUCAUCUCUACUCCCUCUUUCCCUCUUUUUUCACUCUCCCCUCUCUCCCUUCUCUCUCUCUCCUCUCUCUCUUCUCUUUCUUUCCUCUGUCUUUCCUCUCUCCUUUUCUUUUCUUCUCUCUCUCUCCUCCCCUCCAGUCUCUCUCUUUCCUUCCUCUCUCCCUCUCUUCCUCUCUCUCUCCACCCUCUUUUCCACCCUCUUUCUUUUUCUCACCCCUCCCUCUCUUCUCUCUCCUCCCCCUCUUCUCUUUCUUUCCUCUAUCUUUCCUCCCUCUCUCAUCUCUCUCCUCCCUUUUCCCUCUUUCCUCACUCUCCCCUCUCUCCCUUCUCUCUCUUUCAUCACUCUCCUCCCUCUCUCGUCCUUCAAUUUUCUCUCUUUCCUCCCUUUCUCCUCUCUCUUUCUUCUCUCUCCACCCUCUUUCCACCCUCUCUUCUCUUUCCUCCCUCGCCUCUCACUCUCAUCUCCCUUCCCUAUCUCCUCUCUCUCCUCCCUCCCUUCUCUCUCUUUCAUCUCUCUCUCCUCCCUCUCUCCUCUCUUUCCUCUCUACCUCCUCGCUCUUUCAUCUCUUUCCACCCUCUUUCCACCCUCUCUUCUCUCUCUCCUCCCUCUCUCUCUUCUCUCUUUCCUCUCUAUGUCUCUCUCAGACACAUACAUGCGCACAUUACUUGAAAUAA